GCUUCCAGACUGUCACCGUGUCUCAUCAACGGGCUGCUGCUUGCGAGCGUCUUUUCAUUUCCCCGCUCUCCUUGCGACUCUUGUUUGAACAUUAGUGCUCGACGCAUCCCGCAGCACAGGCAAAGCUCGACACGGUACUCUGCGUGCACCCCGCUUUGUUUAUACGGUUUACGUACGGUUUACGAUACCCAACCUCGCAUUGAAUUUGCAUCGCCGCACGAGCUCCAUGACUGAACGAAGUCUCACGACGUAACGAACGAACCUCUCUCGACCCGGCAUACCUCGCAUCCCCAUUCCCUCUACGCCCCGACCCGGGUAACGGUCAUCCACCGCCGACAUGCUCGAGGGUCUCGUUUCCAACCUGCUCAAUCGGUUCUUGGGCAUGUAUGUCCAGAACUUCGAUCCCAAGCAGCUCAACGUUGGCAUCUGGUCUGGUGACGUCAAGCUGAGAGAUCUCGAGCUCCGUCGUGAAGCUCUCGAUCAGCUGCGACUACCACUCAACGUGGUCGAAGGACACCUGGGCUCACUCACACUCUCCAUCCCAUGGUCGAAUCUUCGAGGGAAGCCAUUGAAGGUGCAGAUCGAGGAUGUCUUUCUCUUGGCAGCGCCCAAAGAAGACGCAGACUACGACGCAGAAGAGGAGGAGCGACGAGCGCACGCUGUCAAGAUGGAGAAGCUGGACAGUGCAGAACUGCUGAAGGAGCGCAACACGGAAGGCAUGAGUGCUGAGGAGCAGCAGAAGAACCAGAGCUUCACCGCAAGCAUGGUGACUGCUAUCGUCGACAACGUUCAGGUCACCGUCAAGAACAUCCACAUUCGAUACGAAGACUCGAUAUCAGACCCUGGGCAUCCCUUCGCCCUAGGCCUCACCCUCGCCGACUUCAGCGCUAUCAGCACAGACGAGAACUGGAAGCCAACCUUCAUCCAGGGCAACGCUGUCUCGACACACAAGCUCGCAACACUGGGUUCUCUGGCGGUAUACUGGGACACAGAUGCGAAGCUUCUCGGCACAGGGAAGGGCAAUGACAGCAAAGAUGAGCAGCAUAUCGAGCACUCUGAGUUCAUCGAGACUCUUCGUGACAUGAUCGUGAGAGGCGACAAUCCUGAGCUUGGUGAUCAUCAGUUCAUUCUCAAGCCCAUCAGCGGUCGUGCAGGACUCGAGAUGGACAAGACCGGAAAGGCCGACCGGCCGAAGAUGAAGGCUCGCCUGCUGUUCGACGAGCUGGGUUUCAUCAUCGACGAGGACCAAUAUCGCGACGCACUCAUGUUGGUCGACCUAUUCCACUACUUUAUUCGACAUCAGGAAUACAAGAAGUUCCAGCCCAAGUCAUCGCCGAAGGAAGACCCUGCUGGGUGGCUGCGCUUCGCCGGACAGGCUGUUCUCGACAAAAUUCACGACCGCAACAAGAGGUGGAGUUGGGCAUACUUCAAGGAGCGCCGAGACGACCGCCUACGCUACAUCGAGCUGUUUAAGAAAAAGAAGAAGGAAGAGAAGCUCACACCGACCGAAGUUGAGGACCUUGACAAGUUGGAACGGAAGUUGACGUACGAAGACCUUCGCUUCUGGCGGUCUCUGGCGCGUAAUCAGCUGCGCAAGGAGAACGUCGGUGUGAAGAAGGCGCCGCAGAAGCAGGGCUGGGGCUCGUGGAUCGGUUGGGGUGCCAAGCAGGAACAGCACAUCGACGACAACACUCAGAUGACGGAAGAGCAACGCAAGGAGCUAUACGAUGCGAUCGACUGGGAUGAGAAGAAGGCUAUCGCCGAGUCGGUCGACAUGCCGCGCGAAUAUGUCAAGAUGGAGGUGAACAUGAGCCUUCGUACUGGCAGCUUCACGCUGAAGCGCGAUCCCCACGGCAAAUCGAACGAGAUACUUCGCCUGCUCUUUGACGGCUUCAGCACACAAUUCCUGCAACGCACAGACUCGAUGUUCGUGAAACUUGCACUCGAGGGUAUGCGCUUGUACGAUGGCACAACAGAAGGCAGUCUCUUCCCUCAGGUCAUCACAAUCAAGGAUGCCCCACCGAUACCUGAUGACAAGCGUAUCGAAGAGCUCGAUGACGACGAGAACGAGAAGAAAGAGGACGACGAAGACGAGGAGGAAGAUACAGAAGAUCCCUUCUUCUUCCUCACUUUCGAGAAGAACCCCCUCGAUGACAGCGCAGACACUGCUUUGACAGUGAAGCUCAAAGGCAUGGAGUUCGUCUACAACCCGAGAUUCGUGGUAGAGACUGCGAAGUUCUUCAAGCCUCCGGAGCGCCAUAUGGAGUCCAUCGGUGCGCUCAUGGAGACUGCUGGAGCCACGGUUGAUACCAUCCGACAACAGACUCGCGCUGGCCUAGAGUUCGCCCUCACGGAACACAAGACCAUCAAUGCACAGCUCGAUCUGCAAGCGCCCCUCAUCAUCAUCCCAGACUCUGUCACGAAGAAGUCGAGCAACUGCCUUAUCCUCGAUGCUGGUCAUGCAAGCGUAACAAGCGAGCUCAUCGACAAAGACACAUUGCGCGACAUUCAAUCAAAACAGCAACAACAGUAUACCGAGGAAGACUUCCGGCGUCUAGAGAACCUGAUGUAUGACAGGUUCACCCUCAAGCUGCAAUCGACGCAAGUGCUUAUUGGACCCUCAAUCGAGGAGACGAAGGCUCAGCUUGAGGAGAGCGCGACGUCGAAGAACUUCCACAUUGUCGACAAGAUCAACAUGGACUUCAAGGUCGAGCUUUGCAUCGUUCCAAAAGCAUCUGACCUUGCCAAGUUCCGCGUAUCGGGAAACCUACCUGUGCUCCAUGCAUCAAUAUCUGAUGCUAAGUACAAGAACUUGAUGAAGCUCAUCGAUGUUGCGGUGCCAAAGUUCGAUGAUGAUAGUGCCACAAACAAACAAGUUACCGAGGGUGCAAAGGGCCCAUCUAAUCUUAAGCCAACUAGUGAUGCGAAGCCAUCGGACAAAGACGCGCUUGGGCGGCCUCGUUCCAAAUCCUUUCAGUUCGCUGCUCAGGAGCAUGAGCUCGUCAUGGAGGAGGACCACGAAAGCGACUCUAACACGAAGUUCGAAGACGUCCCAGAAGCUGCAGGCAACAAGAACACGCAUACGCACCAGCGCAAUUUCGAGUUCAAGUUCACUGUAGACAAGUUGCAAGGUUCGCUCUAUCGUACUGACUCGGAAGGUCGUAAGCCAGAUCAGCUUCUCGUUGAGCUCAUUGCAGAACACUUCGAUCUUGAUUUCUACCUGGAGCAGUUCGAGAUGGGUGCAGACGUUCGUCUAAGGAGCCUGGCAGUCGAGGACCAUGUUGAGGAGAACCCACUGCCAGAGUUCCGCAACAUCAUCUCCUCCGAAGAUGAUUCUGCAGACGAACAGAAGGAUCUCUUCACGCUGAAGUUUACCAAGGUCAACAAAGAGUCACCAGAAUUCCAGACCAAGUAUGAGGGUAUCGCUACAAACCUCGAUGUCGCUGUCUCGACAAUCAAUCUGAUCGUCACAAGAAGGACGCUACUGACCCUUCUUGACUUCGUCCUCAUUACCUUUACCACUCCAGACCAACCUCGGAACCAACAGGCACAGAUUGCUGCAAAGCCUGAAGAGCAGGAAGUGGCCAAGCAGUCUAACGCCGAGCCAGACAAAAUACGCAUUCGCGCUGAGUUGAAGCGCAUCGCAGUUGUCCUGAACAAUGACGGGAUACGUCUGGCUACAUUGAGUUUGAACUCCGGUGACGUCGGCAUCAUGCUGAAUGGCGGCACAAUGCGCAUAGGUGGACGACUUGGCAACCUCUCGCUCAUUGACGACGUCAACCAAGGUGUCCCUGAAACAUCUUCGCUGCGCCAGCUAGUCACAAUCGAAGGCAAGAAUCUAGCAGAUUUCAGCUACGAGACAUUCGACUCGAACUCGGAGAGCUACCCCGGCUACGACAUGUCCGUAGCGCUGAAGACCGGCUCCAUCAAGAUCAACUUCCUCACGGAACCUUUCCGAAAGAUCAUGGAGUUCGCUGUCAAGUUCGGCAAGAUGCAAGCCAUCUUCAAUGCAGCUCGUCAGGUUGCGGCGAAUCAAGCCACUCAGAUCCAGCAGAACCCAGCGAAGUUCCACUUCGACAUCACCAUCAGCACUCCGAUCGUCGUCUUUCCCAGGAUGGUCAUUUCGGACAAGCCUGAACGUGAUACCCUGACAGCAAACCUGGGUGAGAUCUAUGCAAAGAACGAGUUCACACCACUGGACGACUCGGAGAAUGCAGAGAUUGCCAACAAGAUUUCUGCUGGUAUCAGGAACAUCAAGCUCACUUCGAAUCUCCAUUAUGAGGACGACCGUUCGGAAGCGCUUGAGCUGAUCGACAAGGUCGAUCUAGACUUCAACAUCACUAUGGUCGAGCACAAAGCCGGUCAACACCGCCCAGAUAUGGAAAUCGAUGGAUCGAUGUCCGACAUCAACUUGCGCCUCACUCCAGAGCAGAUGAAGUUUGCUUUGGAGCUGUCUCGUACCAUUCCUCAGGCGUUCACAACAGAGCCGGAUGCCAUUGAUGAGGAAGUUAAGGAGGACUUGCCUGUGGCUAAGACUGAGCCAGUGCGACAGAUCACAGACACAGAGUCGUCAGAUGAUGAGCCCUCGAAAGACGUUGUGUCCUCGCAAGGACCCGAGCUGUCGACCGAUGCUGACAAAUGGACGAAGCUGGACUUCGUGUUCAAGGUCGGUGCUAUCGCUCUGGAACUGAUUCGGUCGAAGGAAGGCGAGCCCAUCGGUGAUGUCGAGGCCGCCAGUCUUUCGAAAUUCUCUCUCAACGACACGAACAUGAAGGUGCGCAUGAUCAGUGAUAAUGCUAUGGAGGCAGAGCUCGUGGUCCAGUCGUUCUCGAUCCGCGACAGCCGCACACAAGGAACCAACAAGUUCCGCAAGAUCAUGUCUUUGAUCAACAACGAUGUCAAGCAGCAAUUCAUGGCUAGUGUCUCGAUCUCAGGCGGAAAGGAGCGCAAUCUUAUCGCCCUUCUUACCAUCGACAGCCCUAGAAUCAUCUUGGCUUUGGACUACCUCUUUGCUUUGCAGGCGUUCGUCAACGCUGGCCUCGCUACAGAUGAGCCGCUGAACAUCGAGGAAGACCCUCUGGAAGAAGACACUGAUAGCGACGAUGAACUCGUGUCGCAAGACGGGUCGAGGACUCUACAAAAGCCAGACACCCCUGCUGAAUCAGCGCAGGACGGCAUGAGCAUGUCGUUCCGCGUGAACUUAGCAGAUGCCCAGGUAGUGCUCAUCGCCAAUCCAGCGCUUGCAAACUCUGAGGCCAUCGUCCUGGGCACGAAGCAAGUCCUCGUAUCGAAGCAGCAGGCUAUGACACUGCAGGUCGACAAGGUCGGCAUGUUCCUGUGUCGCAUGGAUCGCUUCGAGACAAACCGCCUCCGUAUCCUCGAUGACUUCAGCAUCCAGACGGCAUUGGACAUGCGCAACCAGAAUUCAAAAUCAUCUCUGAUCAGUAUCAAUGUUGAUAUCGAACCUCUCGUCCUGCGCCUGUCGCUCCGCGAUAUCCUGUUGGCUAUGCAGAUUGUCAACCGCGCAUCUGCUAUGCAAGCAAACGACGACAAGAAGAUGUCUGAGGAGGGCGCAGAGCAACUCAAGCCCAGCACACCAUCGAAGAAGCCUAAGUCGACAGCAGCUGCCAGUACUACGAGACCUCGGGCUAAGUCUAUUGCGAAGACAAAGCGAUCAAGCCAACAAGAAGCGCAGAUGAAGCAGCCGCAGGCCGGUUCAGCGGUCCUUAAGCGUGAGGAAAUGCAUGUCAACCUCGAAGGCCUUCGUGUGGUUCUCAUUGGUGAUGUUCACGAGAUGCCAAUGCUUGACUGGCGGGUCAAGAAAUUCGGUGUAGAUGUUCGCAAUUGGUCAGGCGCAAUGGUCGCCGACACUUCACUGGAGACUCUCAUCAAUGUCUACAAUUUCUCGAAGUCUGCAUGGGAGCCACUGAUCGAGCCAUGGAGCGUCGGCUUCCACAUGGCGAAGGACUUGAACCCAGACCGUUUGUCCGUGGAAUUGUACUCUCGCAAAUCGAUGGAACUUACAGUCACGGCGGCGACUAUCGCUUUGGGCUCGAAGUCCUUCGACUUCCUUACGGCCGACGAAGACAUCCUUUCGAAGCCUCGCGCUAGCGAUGCCCCAUACCGCAUUCGCAACUACACAGGCUUCAGCCUUGAUGUCUGGGCCGAGGGCAAGGAGCAAGAAGGUUACGCGGCGAAACUGGAGGAUGGAGAGGAGCAGCCCUGGCGAUUUGAAGAUCCCAUGUCCACUCGUGAAACAUUGUCAACAGACGGCGCGACCGGCAUGCUUGGCAUCAGACUUCAGGGCAGCGGCUUUGAUACACUUUCCCGCAUCCCUGUACACCGAGAAGGAGAGUCGCUGUACAACUUGAGACCCAAGCAAGACAGGGUACAGCACCGUGUGCUUGUGGAAGUGAAGCUUGGCGCCGACAACAUCAAGAACAUCACCUUUAGAUCCCCAUUGUUGGUCGAGAACAACACGCAAAUCCCUAUUGAGAUUGGCAUGUUCAGCCCAGAGGAAGGCCACCUUCUCAAGAUCGACAAAAUCGCACCUGGUGAUGCACGUCCAGCACCUAUUGGGUCUGCUUACAUGCACUCAAUCGUCAUCCGACCAGACCAAGGCUUCGGCUACGCCUGGUCGAACGAGCGUCUCUUCUGGAAGGAUCUGCUGAAGCGGCCGACAAGAACCAUCACUUGCCGUGGUGAGCAAGACGACCAAGCGCCGCCAUUCUACUUCCAGAUGCACGCAGCCUACGACAAGAAGGAUCCUCUGACUGGCACUUACCCUUACAUGCGUUUGCGCCUACAAGCGCCAGUGGAAGUACACAAUCUCUUGCCCUAUGACUUCAAGUACAGGAUCUACGACAGCAGUACGAAGAAGGAUUGGACAAACUUCCUGCGAAAAGGAGGCAUCAGCCCUGUCCAUGUCGUGGAAUUAUCCCAUCUCUUGCUUAUCAGCGUAGAGAUGCAGGAAGGACCAUUCAAGCCUAGCAAGUUCGGCAUCAUCAACUCCACCGAUCGAGAAAGCUUCAGGAGGGAGAAGGUGCUCGAGGUCAAGGACGACAACGACACAGCCUUGCACCUCAACAUGCACUUCUACAACUACCCUGAUGGUGGAGGUGCCUUCAAGGUCGCAAUCUUCAGCCCUUACAUCGUCUUGAACCGCACGGGUCUCAACUUGGACCUCAAAUCACAGCAACAGCAGUUCCUGGGCGGUGGCAGGUCUUCAGGCGCAGAAGGCACGUUCAGAGACGACCAGACCGACGCUGGAAAAGCCCUGCCAUUCAUGUUCUCUUACCCAUCAGAGAACAAGAAAAACCGUGCGCUUAUUAAGGUCGGCGACUCUAGCUGGAGUAAGCCUCAGAGUUUCGACGCCAUUGGAAGUACCUACGCGGUCUCGAUACCUGCUAGCAACUCGAGAUCAGACAUGCAUCUUGGUGUGUCUGUCGCCGAAGGCGAAGGCAAGUACAACCUGACAAAGGUCAUCUCUAUCGCCCCACGCUUCAUUGUCAAGAACAGAAUCAAUGAAGAGCUGCUCAUUCGAGAGCCUGGGCAGCCUGACUGGAUGACGCUGAAGGAAGGAGAGCUUCUGCCCCUUCGAUGGCUCAGGCAAGGAGGAUCGCCGCAGCUGUCGCUCUGCUACCCGGGUGUCAACAACCAGUGGUCUUCACCAUUCAACAUCUCGAAUGUCGGCAAUGUGCACGUCAAGCUGUCCAAAACUGGUCAACGCCAAAAGUUGAUGCGCAUCGAUGUUCUGAUGGAGCAAGCCACAAUAUUCGUCCACAUCAGUGUCGAGACGAAGCACUGGCCGUUCUCAUUCAGGAACAUGAGCGACCAAGAGUUCUUGUACUGGCAGCAAAACCCCAACCUCGAUGAAGAUGAAGAUGAUCGUGGAUCUGGCUUUAGACCUAUCAGGUACCGUCUACCACCGAGGAGCAUCAUGCCGUACGCCUGGGAUUUCCCUGCAGCGAAGAACAAAGAGAUCGUCAUUAGCGCCAACGGCAGGGAGCGACAUGUCAAGCUUGCAGAAAUCGGUCCCCUUAUCCCAUUCAAGAUCCCACCUGGCCAACAGGAAGGUGGUAUGAAGGUCAUUGAUCUGAACGUCGUUGCCCAGGGUCCAACACAGACACUCGAGAUCUCCAACUACAAGCCUUCGAAGAGCAUGUAUAAGCAGAAGCCCGGUGCUGCCUCAUCGUCGACAACCACAGGUUUCGAGGUCAAGGAUCAAGAUACCGACGUCACGUUCAAGGCACAGAUACGACUUGCUGGUAUCGGCAUCUCCCUUGUCAACCGUCACUUGCGCGAGCUAGUGUACGUUACGCUGCGCGAUCUUGAGUUGAAGUACUCGGACUCGCCUCUCUACCAGAUGGUCAACGUGCAAGUUAAAUGGAUCCAGAUCGACAACCAGCUGUACGGCGGUAUCUUCCCCAUCAUCUUCUACCCCAGUGUAGUUCCGAAGACGGGCAAGGAGAUGGAAGCACAUCCCAUCUUCCAGACGAGCGUGACUCGUGUUAAGGAUGACUCAUACGGUGUGAUGUACAUCAAGUACUUCAGUUUCCUGCUGCAGCAGAUGACUCUCGAGAUCGAUGAGGACUUCAUCUUUGCGAUGAUCGAUUUUGCCAAAAUCCCUGGAGCUUCGUGGUCAGAGGAAGCAGAGGGCAAGCUUUGGGACGAUUCACUUGACAUUCCAGAGCCAAAGCAGGAGCAGUCCGGUCAAGAUGUUUACUUCGAGCUGCUCCACCUGCAGCCCAUGCAGAUCGAUCUGUCAUUCGUCCGCACUGAGCGCAUCAACGCCGAGGACACCAUGUCUACCUCCAACCCCUUUAUGUUCGCGGUCAACGUUCUCACCAUGUCGAUCGGUAACGUCAACGAUGCGCCGGUUCGCUACAACUCUCUCAUUCUCGAGAACGCUCGUAUUUCGACGACUGCCCUGAUCAACAACAUCAAGAACCACUACGUGCAGGAGUCGCUGAGACAGGUUCACGUCAUCAUUGGUUCAGCUGACUUCCUCGGUAACCCAGUCGGUCUCUUCACCAACAUCAGCUCUGGUGUUGCCGACAUCUUUUACGAACCAUACCAAGGUCUGGUCAAGUCUGACCGCCCCGAGGAUCUCGGUAUUGGUAUCGCAAAGGGUGCUUCAAGCUUUGUCAAGAAGUCUGUCUUCGGUUUCUCCGACAGCAUGGCCAAGUUUACAGGAAGCAUGUCGAAGGGUCUGUCCGCCGCAACCCUUGAUAAGGAGUUCCAAGACCAGCGUCGCAACACCCGCUCCCGCAACAGGCCCAAGCAUGCCCUCUAUGGCAUCACCGCUGGUGGCAACGCCUUUGCCAACAGUCUCGCAUCCGGCCUCGGUGGUCUCGCACGUCAUCCCAUCCAAGGUGCCGAAAAAGAGGGCGCCCUCGGCUUCGUCAAGGGUGUUGGGAAGGGUCUUCUCGGUGUCCCUACGAAGGCUGCAAUCGGCGCCUUCGACCUCGCCUCCAACAUGGCCGAAGGCGUGCGCAACACAACCACCGUCUUCGACCAAGAAGGCCUCGACCGCGUGCGCCUAACACGCUUCAUCGGCACCGACGGUAUCGUACGGCCGUACUCGCAGCGCGAAGCGCUAGGCCAGUUCUGGCUCAAGACGCUCGACAACGGGAAGUACUUCAAUGAGGACUACAUUGCGCAUCUCGAGCUGCAGGGCAAGGACGUAUUGAUCAUGUUGACGUACAACGCCAUCAUGAUGGUGCGCACGAAGAAGCUGCAGACUGAGUGGGAUGUGCCGCUUAAGGAUGUGCAGACUAUUAGUAAGGAAAGGACAGGGCUGAGCAUUACGCUGAAGGGGGGCACGAAUGGGCCGUUUAUUCCCGUUGGGGAUGAGGGGAGCAGGAAUUGGUUUUAUAGACAGAUUGCGGUGGGGGUUAAUGCGUAUAACGAUCGGUGGAAUGCCAAGGGUUGAGAUGGUUGAACACGGAGACGUGGAGGGAUAGAGGAGAGGGCAAGUACCUCGUGGUAUUGCUAGCGAUGGUUUGGUUCAGGUUGGGUAUCGCACCAAACAUACCUAAUGAGUACACAUGUUUAUCUUUCA